AUGACGAGGAAAGUAUUACUUGGUAGAACUUUCAGUAGUCACGGCAUUUGGGUUGAGUGGGAAGGCACAAAUUGUUGUGAAUGGGAAGGAGUAGAGUGCAACUCUUCCACAGAGAGAGUGGCCAAGCUUGAUCUUCAGCGCCUAUGGAGUGUAGCGUUCUUUCCGUCAGAUUGGCAUUUAAAUUACGCUGAUCUUGCUGUCUUCAAAGAUUUGAAGAGUCUCAACUUGAGCCGUAGUUCUGGGAUAUUUGAUUGUGCAGACAGUGAAGGGUGGGAAAAUCUGGAAGUCCUUGACUUGAGUGACAGUAAUAUAGAUAAUGUCACCGACAUUCUUGUUUGUUUGAAUGGCCUUCCAUCUCUCAAGUCUCUGUAUUUAUCAUACAACAGUUUCCAUGCAACAUUCAACGCUUUCGAAACUCUGUCAUCGAAGUUGCUUAGAUUAGAGGUCCUUGACAUAAGUCAGAACUCUUUGACUAAUGACAUCUUGCCAUCUCUCGGGGGAUUCACAUCUAUGAAGGAACUGUAUUUGUCUGACACUGGAUUGGACUCAGAUAGUCACAUCCAAGGUUUAUGCUCUAUGUUGAAGAAUCUUGAGGUCUUAGACUUGUCUUACAACAACUUCAGUGACAGUGAUAUUGCAUCUGCUCUUAGUGGACUUUCAUCUCUCAAGUUAUAUGUUGCCAGAUAUAUCAAAAAUAAGGUCUUUGGAGAUUCUCACAUAGAGGGGAACCAGUUGAAUGAGAGUAUCUUGCGGCGUUUAGCGAAUGAUGGAUUUACAUGGCCAACCAAUUUACAAGUCCUGAAGCUGAGUUCGAACAGUUUCACCAAUGAAUUUCUGUCAUCUCUAACUGGGCUGCAACAUCUCAAAUUCCUUGAUUUAAACUACAAUCAAUUAAACGGGUCGCUCGAUAUAAGUGGAUUAUCGGCUUUAACCAGUUUGGAGAAUCUUGAUAUAAGUAAUAACCGAAUUAACAGUUUUGUUGUCCAUCAAGGUAUUUAA